UUAACCAGUUGGCGAAAUCGCCGGCUUGCGCUCCGAUAGACGAACUUCGCAGGCCUGGUUGAAAGGAGCCUGUAACCCCAACCGUCCUCGAGCCGGGGUGGCGGAGGAGGACGCUGUCGUUAACAAACCUCUCCCCUCCCGCAGAGCCACCAUGCCGAACUGGGGAGGCGGCAACAAAUGCGGUGCCUGCGGCCGCACCGUCUACCACGCCGAGGAGGUGCAGUGUGACGGGAGGAGCUUCCACCGGUGCUGCUUCCUCUGCAUGGUCUGCCGGAAAAACUUGGACAGCACAACUGUAGCGAUUCAUGAUGCUGAAGUUUACUGCAAAUCUUGCUAUGGAAAAAAGUACGGCCCCAAAGGUUACGGAUAUGGCCAAGGGGCAGGCACGCUGAACAUGGACAGGGGAGAGAGACUAGGCAUCAAGCCUGAGAGCACACCCUCUCCCCACCGACCCACAACAAAUCCAAACACUUCAAAGUUUGCUCAGAAGUUCGGAGGGGCAGAGAAAUGCUCUAGGUGUGGUGAUUCUGUUUAUGCGGCAGAGAAAGUAAUAGGAGCUGGAAAGCCAUGGCACAAAAACUGCUUCCGAUGUGCCAAGUGUGGAAAAAGCCUAGAAUCUACAACCCUGACUGAAAAAGAGGGAGAAAUCUAUUGUAAAGGCUGUUAUGCAAAGAACUUUGGCCCCAAGGGAUUUGGGUAUGGCCAGGGAGCAGGUGCCCUCGUUCAUGCCCAGUGAGGGGGAUGGAUGGCUCAAAACCCCUUAUGGCUCUGCUGAGAUCCUGCUACAAGAAACAGGAGAGUUUCCUAAACGUUACUAACAACUACUGUGAAACAGACACUAGUUACUGUAGUGCUUGGGCAUAUGUUCAGCAGAUGAUUUUUUCUUUUUC